CGACAGUCGUCGAGCUUGCUGAGAUAAAAAUAAAAUGUUUCAAAGUCUCCAGUCACAUAUUUGCGUUUGCAAACACUUCAUUUAAAUAAAAAUAAAUAUAUUUAAAGAUUUAAGCUCUCGUUUGUAGACGUGUAUUUUAUUAAUUCAAAAUGAAGCUGUUACCAAUAAUUACUUCGAGUAUUUACCAAAUAAUUGCACUGAUUUUCUUUAUUGCAUUUCUUUUGGGUGUGUUAAAUAUUCAUUUUAGUGACAAAAAGAAUUACUGCGAAAUGACUUACAUGUAUGAAUAUCCUCAAUUUGUGAAAAUAACUUUGGAUGAAAAUAAAGAGUUUCCGCAAUAUGGUCUCUACGCUUACAGUGAGGGGAGAUAUACGGAACGCGCUAGAAAAAUGUGGUUUGAUGGUAUCCCGGUAUUAUAUUUGCCCGGUAACUCUGGGAGUCACAUGCAAGCUCGCUCUCUGGCCUCCGUAGCACUGAGGAUGGCGUUGUCUAGAGGAUAUGAAUUCCAUUUCGACUAUUUUACUAUUAGCUAUAAUGAAGAGUUGUCCGGUCUUUACGGAGGUGUGCUGCAAAGGCAGACCAAGUUUGCCGCGGCCUGCAUCUCCAAAAUACUGAGCCUCUACAAGCCUAACAAGUAUACUAAGUCUGUGCCUACGUCAGUCAUUGUGAUUGGUCAUUCAAUGGGCGGCCUCAUAGCCAAGCGUCUCCUUGCCUACCCGAGCACUAUUUCAACAACAAACAUCUCCAUCGCUCUAGCAGCACCCUUAGCAGCCCCCGCCAUCAACUUCGACUGGGACAUGGAUAGCUUCUAUUCAGCCAUGGAGACAGAGUGGGAGAGAAUAAACAGUGAUAUGAAUAUGAAAGAGACGAAGAUGUUGAUCAGCUUUGGCAGUGGUGCAAGGGAUUUGUUGAUACCUGCUGGGCUGACGGCGAGUAAUGAUAGUGAUGUUAAUGCUUUGACAACAUCUAUCCCAGGCGUAUGGGUUUCCACAGAGCACGUGACCAUAGUCUGGUGCAGACAGCUUGUUAUAACCAUCAAUAAGUUCCUGUUCUCUAUCGUGGACCCGGUGACAGAGCAACUGGUACCGGAUAAGAACGUGCAGAUGGCGCGGGCUAGACAGUAUUUUGUGGCCAACCGAUCGAUGUUUUUAAACCCUGACGUGGUGCAACCGAACGCAACGAUGCUGGCAGAUGCAUUCUGGUACGAAGACAAUAGGAGGAUAUACCAGAUUUCAAGGCCGGAGAUUGACAAAAUGACCUAUCUAAUGAUACGGCUAGUGAGCUUCCCGCAGAACCGGUUUGUCGCCAUCGAAUCUGUCAACUUGGACGACAAGGAUUGGAUAUUUGGAUGCAACGCGCAGUACGCGUAUAACUCGUAUAGAUAUUGCAAACAAGGCUCAUCCCUAUCAGAGCUCAGUCGCUGGACGGGCGCGGACACCAACUUUGGCAAGCGGAAACUAGCCACGAUACAUCUACACGAUUUGAUCGAGAAGCACCCUGAUUGGUCGCACGUCGUCGUCAAAGUAUCGCCUACUAGAAGACCGGUAACCCUAAACGUCGACAUUAAUGACCACGCCUCCCGCCAACUAACUGUCGACGUACCCUCUCACUUCUCUUUCACUCGCACCGUUAUAAAGCAGGAAACCGAAGCCCAUAGCCUGUACUACGAGUUAAUACUACCCGGUUUUAACGCUAUAUGGCAGGCUUACUUAUUAUAUGUGGAACCAGUGGGCUGUAAGACGGAAUACCACGUUUCUGCUGAGAUGCAAGUGCCCUGGGCUGAGAAUCAAGAAUACUACCAUUAUUUCACACAUCUAAAGAAAUCUCCAAUGAAAUUACGUUUAUACAAAACACAUCCAAAUGUGACUCGCGGGCAAGACACGACGGAUCACGUCAAAGUGGUGCUACUAUUGGACCCUCAGUGCAAGUAUUCUAUUAGCAUCGCGUCCUCCUGGUACCACGUGCUAGCCCAGUCGGUUCGCGCCUUCGCCCCAGUACUAAUAACAUAUGUCGGCGGUGCCGUCUUACUUAUAGCUAAAAGUGUGCUCAUGAGUCUACAUGGUGUGGGGACUUGUUUGUCUAUACAUGGGGCGUUGAGGAGUGAUGACUUGAAGCCAUACGCCCCGCUGGUGUUCGUGAGGGUCUUGAUUACUUUGUUGAUGGCAUUCCCCAUCAGCAGUUACCUUCUCGACAACGCCAGUGCGCACAACUACGAGAUGCACUACUUCACCCGCUCCAUAAUGGUGCUGGCCGCGUAUUUCGUAGCCCUAGGGCUCCUGAACGUGGCGGCCGCGGGCGUGCUCUUCAUGAUGGUGUUCUCCUCCCAACUGGCGCAUAGGAUGCUGUUCAGGAUAUUAUGGAGAGGAGGGCAGGGGCUGGCUGAGAGAGUCGCUGUUGGACUGCAGAAGGUGCCCAUGGUAGUGAGUGCAGCUCUCAUCACUCUAGCUCCUUUGUCUUGUGGUGCGGCCGCCCUCGUUGCUGGCGGCGCUUUCUACGCAUUUAUGAUAUCAAAAAUGUACGAAGAAUACUUAGAAGACUAUUUCUACAAACUAGCUGCCAAAUACGCAUCACGCUUCUGCCGCGCUUUUAGAAAAAAUAAAAAGAAAGAUAAGACAGAAUCAGAUAACUCUCUAGUCCCGAAAACAGAAGCAGAAUCAGUUAUUGUUAAACCAGAUGAUUCUGUUAAUACUAAUUUAGUACAACGUAAAACUAAUAUAAAUGAAAAGGAUAAAAUAGAAGCUGAUAAAAUCGUGGUUAGUGACGAUAAAGAAGAGAAUGGCAAGACAGAAGAAAAUAAAGAAGUAGCUUUAAUAACUAAUACAGAAGUAGAUAAUAAAGAAUCUAGUGACAAAAAUGAUAAAGAAAAGAACGAAUGUGACAACGAUGUCGAAGAUGACGGGGAAUUGUUGUUGAGUGAUAUAAAUUUCCAUAUGAUGAUGUUCUUUUUGUGGGCGGUUGUGACUUUAGUUAACGUGCCUGCUUUGUUGACGUGGGCGAGAAAUUUCAAAUACAGCAUGGUGCUCAAGCCAGACAAUUCAAGGUUCCCUGGACUGAUUCUGUCUAUUUGCUCCACGUGCAUAUGGCAAAUGGAUGGACCGAGAAAAAACUUGAAAAACUACAAUUUCGUAGCAGGCGUAAUCUUCGUAGUGGCUGUAAUAGUGCUAACACUAGGACCACUAUCCCUAACCUACGUCAACUUCGGCGUAACAUUCGCCUUCGCACUCAUAACAGCACAACAGCUGUUCGACACCGAAGAAAUUGACGAAGACUCCCAAGCCAGCCAAGACCCUUCCCCAGACCCCGAAGUUAGUGACCAGACCUCGAACGAAGACUCGGAUCAAGAAAAGUCCGAAACUAAGGAAGAAGUUAGUGAGGGUGAAGAAAAAAACGAAUGUGAUCCUUGCAAUGAAAAUAGAAUAUACAACGUCUUUAAGAAUCUUAGAGAUAAAUUUAGUUUUAGUGAGGAAUGAAGCAAUGAGACUGAGUGGGUACCUAUUUGGUUUAGUGACGUCAAUGACGUCAUUAUAGUGCGUACACACCAAGCAAACGAACAUAACGGACUUUUAGACGCAAACGUUUGUUGGCAUUCGAUUCGUUAGAUUAAUCGAAUUAGAAGUUCUCUUGAGAAUCUUGAAUUAUGUUAACACGAAGUUUAAUAAAAUAAUUUUAGAGACGUCAACGCGAACAGAGGGGCGUACCGCGAACACCGGAGUUCGAAAAUUGCGGGCAACUUUCUCUGUCACUCUAAUUACGCCUUAAUUGGCGUAAGAAAGAUGCCCGCAAUUUGCGAACUUCAUUUCGUGGUUAUAACCUAGAGAGCUGUUCGAAAUAUAUCGCAUGUAGUGACUAAAACUAGACGACUAAAACCGUAAAAUCAUUAUUCGUUCGUUUGUUGUGUACGCAUUAUUGUUGAUUUUCGGACAAAUGGGAAAUUAUGUGUGCUAGAAUAAAUGUGAUGUAAUAUUUAAAUUCUGUGAGAAAUGGCAGCAAGCAAGUGCUUUAAAUAACUUCAUUUCUUUGAGAUUAUGUGCAAGUUUGCAAGAAAAAUUCAUUGUAGAAUUAAUUUGCAAAGUCCUUAAAGUGUGAGUCCCGUACAAACGUAAAAUUUCUAAUGAUUGUAGGCAUAGUUUUUUUUUCAUGAACACAAAAAUGCUCAAAUAUUUAGUCAUUAGGCGGGUACGUACAGAACGAGUCGCCUCGCGAAGAAAUUGCCGCGCGAAGCAGGUCGGGCGUGCCUCUGCCGAGGCGUUGCGGCAGCCAGUGCGUUUGCUUCGCCCGAGGCAUUAUUUAUGAAACGCGCGUGUGUACGGGACAGAGGCUACCGCGAAAACCGAAAUUCGCAAAUUACGGGAAUCUUUCUCCUUUACUCCAAUGAAGGCGUAAUAAGAGUGACAGAGACGAGUGCACUUCGCGGAGUGUGCCCAAGAGCUACACGAGCUUAUUCCACCGUCCCCAUUCUACCAUCGGACUUUUAGACGCACGGCCGGUUUCCAUCCUUACUUGGUAGAUAUUCCACCAAUUCGCACGAAGCGCUUUGCUUCUACUUUCCUUAUGCGCACUGCCAAGGAAUGGAAUUCCUUGCCGGCGUCUAUAUUUCCGUGUUCUUAUAACCCGGCAACCUUCAAAUCAAGAGUGAACAGGCACCUUCUGGGCGAGCUCGCUCCAUCGUAGGCCACGUCUACGCCUCGGCUAGUCUGUGGCCAUGAGUAAGCCCAUUCAUAAUAAUAAAAAAAAAAAAGAAAGUUGCCCGCAGUUUGCGAACUUCGAUUUUCGCGGUUAUAGCCCUAAUCUUAGAAUUGCUAUUGAACUUUGUUUAAUAAGUGGUCGUAUGUAAGGUGAUAUUUAUUUAAGUAUGACUCACGAUUAUUUUACUGAGGUUGUUGAAAAUGACAAGUGUGAAAACUAAAGUAUGUCUGUUGAAAAUGAGGGAUCCAAAGAAAUGUGGAUGUUAGAGGAAAACAAGAGCGAGAUAAUAAUGCUCGCUAUAUAUUAUGUUCGCAUAACAACUUUUAUUGUUGCAAUUUAAAGCAACCACACAUCUCUUUUUAUUUAUUUUUAUAUUUUAUUAUUUUAUCCUCCUAAGGGCCAAUGUUCUACCUAUAGUACUCAUUCAGUUCGAUGAAAUUUAAAUCACAUUCAAUUGGAACAGAGUCGCAUUUGUUUUGUUCAAUUUUCAAACAAAACCAAAAUCAACUGUAUUCCCUGCACUAAAGGUUCAAAUUUCAGUGGAAAAUUCUGGAUUUUUCAUUUGUAUGGUUGGGCCUUAAGAGGCUAUGUAUAUUCUGUAUUAUUUCUGCAAAGUAUUCAGUCGAUUUCAGCAUUAAUAAGAGUAAUUUAUAAGGCUGCGUUACCACCAGAGAUGUGCGAGGAUACGUAGCGAAGGAUGUUAGGAACCAAUAGAAUCCUGCCCGCUGGAGCUGCACUGAGCGAGGAUAGGUAAACCAAGUGUUUCUAUUGGUUCUUAUCAAACAUCUUUUGCUACGCAUCCUGGCACAUCUCUGGUGGAAACUUAGCCUUAAACAUGGCGGUUGUUAUAAAUGCAAUGUUUUGCUGUGUGAUUGGUGCAUUGGGAUAAACGAAUUUAGAUAAAAUUAUUGGUAUAUUAAUAAUUUUAAAUUGUUAUAUAAAUGUUGUAUUCGAAAGUUGAAAGUAGUACAUGAAACUAUACAUCUGUAAAGUAUACAAAUUUUAUCCAUGUUUGAAUGUACUUGUUGAAGAAAUUUUACAUCAUAAAUGUAAUCAAACUAAUGUUUUUUCCCAAUAAGCAGCACCAUAUUAUUAUCUAAAACUACAAUACAAAGUAGGUACAUAUCAGGUUUUAGCAUUAAAUACUUUUGAUGGGUAUUAGGCAAAUUCUACAUAUUUCUUUUAACAUCUCAAGAUAUGACAGCAAGGUUAUGACCACCCUUUUUCAAAAUGGUGAGUUCCUGGUCAAAUGUUAACCCUUUGACCGCCAGUAAUUCCCAUACACACACAGAACACUCCUUCAGGGCCAAGAAGUAUACACAUCAAGAAACAUAAACACAUCCGCGGCCACAAAUACUAUAGCAGUCAUGUAGUUUUUUGUUUCCUUUGGCCUAUGACAUGACACAUGACGUCACUAGGCGUCCACGAAUGUGUUAAGAAGUAUUAUUAUUGCUCUAGUCCUAGUUUACUACUAAUGCUUUUAUGUAGAUUUUUUAAUUAAUAUUGGUGGUUUGUGUGUAACAUAUGGGUUACAUUUACCAGGGCCAAACUAAGCAGUCAAAGGGUUAAACUGUACCAAUUACUAUUUGUAAUGUAAACAGGAUAUGUAAAAGGAUAAAGAAGUUUGCUGAUAGCAAUGCCCUUGCUGUCAUGAUAUAUGAGCUGUAUAAAAACUGUUUUUGUAAUUUUUGUUAUUUUGUUACAAUAUUACUUCUAAUAAAACAUGGAAUCCCUAUGUAUGAUUAAUACAGAAAUAAAUAAAUAAUUGAAAUUGCUCACUAGUGA